AUGAAGAGCGCCAUCCUGUCCCUCGCGGGUUUCUCCCUUGUCCAAUUGACUUUGGCUCAACCAUUCAACCGUCAUAAUGCUCACCGUGCCAUUCAUGACAAGAGAAACUUGGUUACAGUGAUUGAUACCGUUGUCGUCGAGGCUACCGAAAUUCCAGAAGUUAUCAUCUAUGUUAGCACUGACGGCACUCCUCUUUCAACUACUACCGAGUAUAUCGACAACGAGCCAACAACCAUCUAUCAAUCGAACCCAUCUGUCGCUACCUCGAGUGCCACCACUACGACUACUCCAGCUGCCGAUGUUCAAGCUGCCGCUGCUGUUGCCGUUCAACCGUCCACUCAAACUACUGCCGCUGCUGUGAGCACAACAGCAGCUCAAGCUCCAAGUGUAGAGGUCUCUGUCGCUGCCUCCGUCGCAGUCUCUGUAGCUUACACUAGUGCUGCUGCCCCCGUUGCCGCUACUUCUACCAGUGCUGCUGCCCCCGUUGUCAGCUCUUCCAGCAGCUCUGCCGUUGUUUCGGUCCCAGUUUCUUCGAGCUCUUCCACGACUUCUUCUGCUGCAGCUGCAUCCACUUCAGCUGUCGCUGCAUCAUCUGGAGGAUAUGGAUUCGCAUACUCUCCUUACAUGGCCAAUAACGCUUGCAAGACCCAAGACCAAGUGAACGCGGACUUUGCCGCAAUUCCAUCAUCAUACUCUACCGUCCGUAUCUACGGAACAGAUUGCAAUCAAGUCGCCACUACUUUGGUAGCCGCCAAGAAGUAUGGUUUCAAGAUCUUUGCUGGUGUAUACGAUUUCGCUGAGGUUUCAUCCGAAACUCAAGCAAUUGUCGAUGCUGUUGAUGGUGAUUGGAGUUUGAUCACUACCAUCUCCAUCGGAAACGAGUGGGUCAACAACGGUGUCACUGAUGCUGCUGGUGUUGCCGGUGCCAUCGCUACUGCUAAAUCUAUCCUUUCUGCCGCCAACUACCCUGGAAAGGUUGUAGCUGUUGAUACCUUGGCUGCCACUAAGCUUUACCCAAGUCUUUGCGACAAUGUUGACUAUUGCGCUGUCAAUUGCCAUCCUUUCUUCGACACCAACACCGCCGCCGAUGCUGCUGGUACCUUCCUUAGCACCCAAAUCUCUGAAUUGAGAGCCCUCUUGUCCAACCCUGAUAUGGACAUUGUUAUCACUGAGACCGGAUGGCCAUCCGCUGGAACAUCUCACGAUCAGGCUGUCGCCUCUCCUGCUGCUCAGACCACUGCUAUGGCAGCCAUCAAGGAGCUUUUCGCUUCCAACGCAUCCAACGUUUUCCUUUUCAGUACAUUCAAUGAUUACUGGAAGGUUAACACCGCAGCUCUUUACAUGGCAGAACAAUCCUGGGGAUACCUUGGAAAUUCUCCUUCUGACGUAGCAGCUGGCCUGGUCUAA